AUGAGAAGAAGCUAUAGUGUUGGUGGAAAUCCAGUUACUAAUAGUUAUUCAACUGAGCCGAUAGUUACAACAACCAGUGCUCCCACACUUGUGCGACUUGUAAAUGGAAGAUUUGAAACUGAAGGCAGAGUAGAACUGCUGCAUGAUGGGAAAUGGGGAACGGUCUGUGAUGACGAUUUUGACAUUCCCGACGGCGACGUCAUCUGUAAAAUGCUGGGAUAUAAAGGGGCCAAUCGUGUAUUUAGGACCGCUUAUUUCUCCAAUGGGUAUGGUCCUAUCUGGCAGGAUAAUUUACACUGUCUAGGCAAUGAGACAGAUAUAGGAGACUGCGCCUCCAAUGGUUGGGGGAACACAGACUGUGGACAUGGGGAGGACGCUGGAGUUUCUUGUGAUCCCAUUGACUUUGGACAAGUUCCUUCCUUUCAAAGAACAACUAGGGGUAAUCCUUGUGUUUUAACUUCUACUCCUUGCCUGAAUGGCGGAACCUGCAUUGUCAGCGCUAACUACGGAUAUACCUGUCAGUGUGCUCAGGGAUUUGGGGGACCGUACUGUCGAAAUGGACUUGCACGAACAACACCAAAGGACGCUUGUCGUAGCAAUCCUUGUCAAAAUAACGGCACUUGUUAUCAAUCUAAUCACCACAAUGGGUAUCAUUGCUCGUGUUCGAGUGGCUUUACUGGGAACUCUUGUGAAACUAUAGAUAUUGAUGUAAACUCAAUCGUAUCAGUUGGAUGUCUUGACAACGCAUGGAACAUUUCCGUAUAUCUUCCCUCUUUACAAUCGAAAUACCCGGAUUUUAAGCCUAAUGAAUGUUAUAUAGGCAUCGACAAUAUAAACUGCACAGGAUAUUUGAAUGGAAGUUACUUAUACUUCAGGCAUGAUUACUCGGAAUGCAACACCAAAGAAAAGAAUUUAACAGAAGGUUUGGAAUACAGCAGUGAGCUGAUGUGUCCCCGCCAUGAUCGACUUUACCACUUCAUAAUCCGAGAAGUGCGCCUCCGGAGAACUCUUCUCUGCAAAUUCUUCUCUCUAAACAGUGCUUCCUCUACUUUAAGGGACCGACUUGUGCACCUUCAGUAUUUUUCUGAUCCUUCGCUUUCGCGCUCAAAGUCUUUUGAUAAUUCUCAAGUUGGAGAUAAAGUAUAUGUAAGGGCAUUUAGUGACGUCACAGAUAGCCAUCUCAAAAUGAGGCUGUCCUAUUGUUAUACAACACCAGCAAUCGUCACCGAAUCAAAGAUGCAAUAUUUCAUAAUUCGAAAUGGGUGUGUAGUUGAUCCAAAUGCAGUGAUCUUUUACCAGUCUACUCACGAAACAAGAUUCUCUUUUGAGUAUAUUCAGUUCACCAACAGCCACGAUUCUAUCAGUCUAUACUGUAACGCUACAUUCUGUCAUACAAACGAUCAUUCUCCCGCCUGUCAAACCACGUGUCAUAGUCACGUGGUCAGAAGAUUAAGGGGACAUAAGAAUGACAUUGAUUUAUCAGAUGAGGAUGAUACAUUUAAAAUGGAUGUAGAUGACAAACAGGUGACAAAUGUCAAGUCGAAGAAGGACUCAGCCUUGACGCCAGUGACUGUGAUAUCUGUGAUUAUUGGAGUCUGUGUUUUAGCGGUGUUAGCCAUUGCAGUGAUUGUGAAGACAAAACGAAACAGGACUACUCUGAAGUUGUGA